AUUCUAGAUAUCCUUCAGAUGUGUUCUAGAGGUACUUUGGGGGGUUUCAGAGGUCCACAGGAGGUCCCAUUCUGCUGUUCUUCCAAUCAUGUAUAAGGUCAUCUCAGGUGUCUUUGAUGUCAACUCUGAGUUGAUAGCAGUGGUUCAGGUCUUUGAUGCGUUUCCUUUGUUUCUCAGGUGAAAGAAUUCCCAGCAGGCUUUGGAGCUUUCCUGCCCAGAUUAAUGAACUCUCAAUGUAUAACACUAUAAAAUAAAAGACCUCUAAUGGGUUGGACAGUGAUGAUGGGAGCAGACUGCACUGGUAUUGCUGGUUAAACUCCAGCGCCCCUUCAUGUCUGAAGCUUAUUUCUGUCCGUGUUGCGCGCUCCCGGCUCCUCUCCGCCAACUGCGGGGACGCGCCGCUAUAAGCGCAGAUCGAGGAGGCGUCAAUGAGGCGAAGCCUCGUCUCAGCUGCAGAGACGGAUAUUCAGACCGACGCAGACUUUCCAGGAGCGGAGCAGAGGAUGAAGCGAGCAGCUUUCUUGCUGGUGUUUGGAGUCAUCCUGAGCUUCUGUCAGGCUCAGACAGAGACAGGAGCUGAAGAGACGGGUGGGGAGGAGGAACAUGUGGAGCUCUUCACCACCCCUCAGACCAAGAUGGGUGCCGCUACCUCGGACUUUGGCUACAACCUGUUCCGUGCCCUGGCGAACCGUGAAGCUGCCACAAACAUCUUUCUGGCCCCAGUCAGCGUGUCGGUGGUGCUGACACAGCUCUCCAUGGGAGGGUCUGAACAUUCUCAGAGGCAGCUGUUCAGGGCUCUGAGGUACCACACCCUGCAGGAUCCUCAGCUCCACAACACCCUGAGGGACCUACUGGCCUCGGUCAGGGUGCCUGGAAAAGGUCUGAGCACUGCGGCACGCAUCUACCUGGCCCGACGACUUCGUCUGAAGCAGGACUUUUUCACGCUGGUGGAGCAGCAGUAUGGAGUUCGCCCCAAGGCGCUGCAGGGUGGGGCCAGAGAUGUAAAAGAAGUCAAUGACUGGGUGUCUCAGCAGACAGAUGGGAAGGUCCAGCGCUUUCUGACCUCAUCCUUCCCUAAAAACCCUGGAGUGAACGCCAUAAGUGCCGCCUACUUUAAAGGGAAAUGGGUGACUCGGUUCAGCCAGAGCGGAGCAAUGGAAAACUUUCAAGUUGAAGGUGGAACACCUGUCCGGAUUUCCAUGGUGCAACAGGAUAACUACCCCGUGAAGAUGGGAGCUGACACAGACUUGAGCUGCACGAUCGCUCAGAUCCAGAUGCAGGAUGAUGUCAGCAUGUUCAUCUUCCUGCCUGAUGACGUGACUUCCAACAUGACACUGCUGGAGGAGAGUCUUACUGCGGAGUUUGUUCAGGACCUCUCCAUGACUCUCCUCCCUGCCAAGGUGUCCCUCACUCUGCCUGUGCUGAGGCUCAGCUACUCCACAGACCUGCUGCCGUUGCUCAGCGACCUGGGUCUCACUGAAUGGCUCGCAGACCCUGACCUGGAGAAGAUCUCAGCUCAGCCUGCUAAACUCAGCAGCGUCAAUCACAAGGCUGUCAUGGAGAUGGCGCCUGAGGGGAACCAGUACCCCAGUGCCACCUCAACACCAACCCACCUGUCAUACCGAGUGGACCGGCCUUUCAUCUACCUGAUCAGGGACGAAGCAUCAGGGGCCCUGCUCUUCAUUGGCAGGGUGGUCAACCCCAAGACCCUGACGAUAUAACACACACACACACACACACUCUUAGCAGGUCCUAGGAGGGAUUUCAGGUGUUUGGUUUGAUUCUUUACUUUUCAUGUUGAAACAAUCUGAUCUGACAGGAAACACAAACACAUUGACGACAUUCUGAGUUUACCAAAGGAUCACUUUUGACAAACCAAAUCUUUGUGUGAAAUAAACUCAACAAUGAAACAAAA